GAAACAUGCAGCCAGUCGACUAUGAGCGGAUCUCAAUCAGCAGAGAAGCAACGGCGACACCAAUUCUAAACGUAGUCGAGGUGCACCCGGCUGUAGUCCUCUCAAAAGUACAGGGCGAGUCUCGCUGGGCGCUGGGCGAAGCUGAGCUCUGCUAUGCCGAUCACGGAUGAAAACACAUAACCAGGACACGCUUGCAAUCGUCAUCUUUGGCUUUGACAACAUCGGCGACUUCGUUCGGUGCCGGAUCUUACAGCGCUUCGCUCGUGGUUGAAGGCUGGCAUUCUUUCGAAGACAGAAGUGCACAUCACACAGGUGGUUGUGUUCUUCUGCCUGCUCGCUGCCAUUUUACCAGAGUAGAUCGAUUGUGACGCUCUGGCCUGGUCUUGGCUAGCUAGACUAGCAUGAUGCUGCAAGACAUGCAGUGGGUAACAAACGGCCUUUGAGAGGUAUACGUCGUCGAAAUUGAGAUUCGUGACAACGGACAGAUGUGGACAUUGUACUACGACUUGUGUCUACCGCUGGCUAGUUGUAUCUUAGCUACACCUGAAUCAGCAUCAUUCGAAUGGCGUGCUACCAAACUUGGCGGUGGAUGUCUCCCUCGUGGGGAUGUCAGAACUGGUGAAAAUCUCGGCGCAACUGGACAGAGGGAAAGAGAAGUCGUAGUGACAUGUCCAUGUCUGUUCGCCCUCACUGGUAUCAAGUUCAACGAUGUACGCGACCCACAGGUAUCUCGACACCAACUGCACUCCUCGCAGGACCACGUUUGUCAGCCAGGAUCAGGCAAGCAUGUUGCUGUCGAUCUCUUGUGGCGAGAUCGUCGUAAGGCAGCCAAAGAACGACGCUCCCUCGAUGGUGUGGACAUGGGUCCGUGAAUGAAUGUGCGCAGUUGACCGUUGGAUGAGGGCCGUGAGGAUUGCACCGAACAGAAUUGUAGCAGCGGACGAGGCCAAAGAAAUUGACUGUAGCAUCUUCUGGUCAUCUUGUGUUUUGUCUGUCGUCGGCCGCGAAGAGCCCCAGCUGGCCCAACGAGACUGGGUCCUUGCCUCGAGAGGGACGCUAUCAUUCACGAGACCAGCAGGGACGGCGGAGAGGACGAGGAGAACGACGAC